AUGCUAAAGAGAGGUGAUUACUCUUGGAUUCUUCUGCUUACAAUAGUGCAAAGAACUGGACUUGAAGAUCCUGAGAGAUAUCUCUUUGUGGAUAGGGCUGUCAUCUACAACCCUGCCACUCAAGCUGAUUGGACAGCUAAAAAGUUAGUUUGGAUUCCAUCAGAACGCCAUGGCUUUGAGGCGGCUAGUAUCAAAGAAGAGCAAGGAGAUGAAGUUAUGGCUGAGCUGGCUGAGAAUGGAAAGAAAGCAAUGGUCAACAAAGAUGAUAUUCAGAAGAUGAACUCCACCAAGGUGGAGGAUAUGGCAGAAUUGGUAUGCUUGAAUGAAGCAUCUGUUUUACAUAAUCUGAAGGAUCGCUACUAUUCAGGACUUAUCUAUACUUAUUCUGGAGUCUUCUGUGUAGUCAUAAAUCCUUACAAAAAUCUUCCAAUUUACUCUGAGAAUAUUACUGAAAUGUACAGAGGGAAGAAACGCCAUGAGAUGCCUCCACACAUCUAUGCUGUAUCUGAAUCUGCUUACAGAUGCAUGCUCCAAGAACAUGAGGACCAGUCAACUGAUCAAGCUUCCAUGCCAGAAAAUACAGUUGCACAAAAACUCAGCCAUCCUCUUGGGAUGAAUGUGAUGGAGUUUACUCGGGCUAUACUUAUCCCCUGGAUCAAGGUCGGCCGAGACUACGUGCAGAAAGCCCAGACCAAAGAACAAGCAGACUUUGCAGUAGAAGCACUGGCAAAAGCUACCUAUGAGCGGCUCUUUCGCUGGCUAGUUCACCGUAUUAAUAAAGCCCUGGAUAGGACCAAACGCCAGGGAGCAUCUUUCAUCGGAAUUCUGGAUAUUGCUGGAUUUGAAAUUUUUGAGCUGAACUCCUUUGAACAACUUUGUAUCAGCUACACCAACGAGAAGCUGCAGCAGCUCUUCAACCACACCAUGUUCAUCCUGGAGCAAGAGGAAUACCAGCGGGAAGGUAUCGAGUGGAACUUCAUCGACUUUGGGUUAGACCUGCAGCCAUGCAUUGACUUGAUAGAGAGACCCACUAACCCCCCUGGUGUGCUGGCCCUUUUGGAUGAAGAGUGCUGGUUCCCUAAAGCCACUGAUAAAACCUUUGUUGAAAGACUGGUCCAAGAGCAAUUUUCCCACUCCAAGUUUCAGAAACCUCAGCAACUGAAGGACAAAGCCGAUUUUUGCAUUAUACAUUAUGCAGGGAAGGUGGACUACAAGGCAGAUGAGUGGCUGAUGAAGAACAUGGACCCUCUCGAUGACAACGUGGCCACCCUGUUGCACCAGUCCUCAGACAGAUUUGUGGCAGAGCUUUGGAAAGACAUGGACCGUAUUGUGGGUCUGGACCAAGUCACCGGUAUGACUGAGACUGCAUUUGGCUCUGCAUAUAAAACCAAGAAGGGCAUGUUCCGUACCAUCAGACAACUCUACAAAGAGUCUCUCACCAAGCUGAUGACCACUCUUUGAAACACCAACCCUAACUUUGUUCGCUGCAUCAUUCCAAAUCAUGAGAAGCGAGCUGGAAAACUGGACCCACAUCUAGUGCUAGAUCAGCUUCCCUGCAAUGGAGUCCUGGAGGGGAUCAGAAUCUGCCACCAGGGAUUCCCAAACAGGAUCGUUUUCCAGGAAUUCAGACAGAGAUAUGAGAUCCUAACUCCAAAUGCUAUUCCUAAAGGAUUUAUAGAUGGCAAACAGUCUUGUGAGUGAAUGAUCUGAGCUUUAGAGCUGGACCCUAACUUGUACAGGAUUGGACAGAGCAAGAUGUUUUUCAGAGCUGGUGUUUUGGCACACUUAGAGGAAGAAAGAGAUUUAAAAAUUACUGAUAUCAUCAUCUUCUUCCAGGCUGUUUGCAGAGGUUACCUAGCCAGAAAGGCCUUUGCCAAGAAACAGCAACAGCUGAGUGCCUUGAAAGUCCUGCAGCGGAACUGUGCCGCAUACCUGAAACUGCAGCGCUGGCAGUGGUGGUGCGUCUUCACAAAGGUGAAGCCUCUCCUACAAGUGACUCGCCAGGAGGAAGAGCUUCAGGCCAAAGAUGAGGCACUGUUGAAGGUAAGAGAACUACAAGCCCAAAUCGCUGAACUUCAAGAAGACUUUGAAUCUGAGAACGCAUCACGAAACAAGGCAGAAAAACAGAAAAGGGACUUGAGUGAGGAACUGGAAGCUCUGGAAACAGAGCUGGAGGACAUACUGGACACAACUGCAACCCAACAGGAACUCCAUACAAAACGUGAGCAGGAAGUGGCUGAGCUUAAGAAGGCUCUUGAGGAAGAAACUAAGAACCAUGAGGUGCAAAUCCAGAACAUGAGGCAGAGACAUGCCAAGGCCCUGGAGGAGCUCUCCGAGCAGCUGGAGUGGGCGAAACGGUUCAAAGCAAAUCUGGGGAAGAAUAAACAGGGCUUGGAGACAGAUAACAAGGAGCUGGCCUGUGAGGUGAAGGUCCUGCAGCAGGUCAAGGCUGAAUCUGAACACAAGAGGAAGAAACUUGAUGCCCAGGUCCAGGAGCUCCAUGCCAAAGUCUCAGAAGGAGACACACUAAGGGUGGAACUGUCUGAGAAAGCAAAUAAGUUACAGAAUGAGCUAGAUAAUGUGUCCACACUUCUAGAAGAAGCAGAGAAGAAGGGUGUUAAAUUUGCUAAGGACGCAGCUAGUCUGGAGUCUCAACUAUAGGAUACAAAGGAGCUUCUUCAGGAGGAAACGUGCCAAAAACUGAACCUGAGCAGUCAGAUCCGGCCUGAGGAGGAGAAGAACAGUCUGCAGGAGCAGCAGGAGGAGGAGGCCCGGAAAAAUCUAGAGAAGCAGGUGUUAGCCCUGCAGUCCCAGUUGACUGAUACCAAGAAGAGGGUAGAUGAUGAUUUGGGAACAAUUGAAAGUUUGGAAGAAGCCAAAAAGAAGCUUCUUAAAGACGUGGAGGCACUGAGCCAGCAUCUGGAGGAGAAGGCUUUGGUUUAUGACAAGCUGGAGAAGACCAAGAACCGCCUGCAGCAGGAGCUGGAUGACCUGAUGGUCGACCUGGACCACCAGUGCCAGAUCGUCUCCAACUUGGAGAAGAAGCAGAAGAAGUUUGACCAGCUGUUAGCAGAGGAGAAGAACAUCUCUGCUCGCUAUGCAGAGGAGCAGGCAUGCGAAGCAGAGGCCCGAGAGAAGGAGACCAAAGCCCUGUCCCUGGCCUGGGCCCUCGAGGAAGCCCUGUAGGCCAAGGAAGAGUUUGAGCGGCAGAGCAAGCAGCUGCACGUGGACAUGGAGGACCUGAUCAGCUCCAAGGACCACGUGGGCAAGAACAUUCAUGAACUUGAAAAAUCCAAACCGGCCCUAGAGCAGCAGGUGGAGGAAAUGAGGACCCAACUGGAGGAGCUGGAAGAUGAACUUCAGGCUACAGAAGAUGCCAAGCUUCACCUGGAGGUCAACAUGCAGGCCAUGAAGGCCCAGUUCGAGAGGGACCUGCAGACCAGAGAUAAGCAGAGUAAGAAGAAGCAGCUGCUGAUUAAGCAGGUCCGGGAGCUGGAGGCAGAGCUGGAGGAUGAGCGUAAACAGCGGGCUCUUGCUGUUGCGUCAGAGAAGAAAAUGGAAAUCGACCUGAAAGGCCUUGAAGCCGAAAUCGAGGCUGCGAACAAAGCUCGGGAUGAAGUGAUCAAGCAGCUUCGCAAACUGCAGGCUCAGAUGAAAGAUUACCAACGUGAAUUAGAAGAAGCUCGUGCCUCCCGGGAUGAGAUUUUUGCUCAAUCCAAAGAGAGCGAGAAGAAAUUGAAGAGUCUGGAAGCAGAAAUACUUCAGUUGCAGGAGGAACUUGCCUCAUCCGAGCAUGCCCGCCGACAUGCCGAGCAAGAAAGGGAUGAGCUGGCUGAUGAGAUCGCCAACAGUGCUUCUGGCAAGUCUGCACUGCUGGAUGAGAAGCAGCUUCUGGAGGCCUGGAUCGCACAGCUGGAGGAGGAACUGGAAGAGGAGCAGAGCAACAUGGAAUUGCUCAACGAUAGUUUCCGCAAGACAACUCUGCAGGUGGACACACUGAAUGCAGAGCUGGCGGCCGAGUGCAGUGCUGCCCAGAAGAGUGACAAUGCGCGCCAGCAGCUGGAGCGGCAGAACAAGGAGCUAAAGGCCAAGCUGCAGGAGCUGGAGGGUGCUGUCAAGUCCAAAUUCAAGGCCACCAUCUCAGCCCUAGAAGCCAAGAUAAGGCAGCUGGAGGAACAGCUGGAGCAGAAAGCCAAGGAACGAGCCGCUGCCAAUAAACUAGUGCGUCGUACCGAGAAUAAGCUAAAGUAAAUCUUCAUGCAGGUUGAAGAUGAGCGUCGGCAUGCAGAUCAGUAUAAAGAACAGAUGGAGAAGGCCAACGCCAGGAUGAAGCAGCUUAAACGUCAGUUGGAGGAAGCAGAAGAAGAAGCUACACGUGCCAAUGCAUCUCGGCGUAAACUCCGGUGGGAACUGGACGAUGCCACCGAGGCCAAAGAGGGCCUGAGCCGCGAAGUCAGCACCCUCAAGAACCGGCUGAGGCAGGGUGGCCCAGUCAACUUCUCUUCCAGCCGAUCUGACCGGCGCCAGCUGCACAUCGAGGGGGCUUCCCUGGAGCUGUCAGACGAUGACACAGAAAGUAAGACCAGUGAUGUCAAGGAGACUCAGCCGCCCCCAUCAGAGUAG